AUGAUCAGCAGGGUCAUCUGCCAGCAGGGUCAUCUGCCAGCAGGGUCAUCUGCCAGCAGGGUCAUCUGCCAGCAGGGUCAUCUGCCAGCAGGGUCAUCUGCCAGCAGGGUCAUCUGCCAGCAGGGUCAUCUGCCAGCAGGGUCAUCUGCCAGCAGGGUCAUCUGCCAGCAGGGUCAUCUGCCAGCAGGGUCAUCUGCCAGCAGGGUCAUCUGCCAGCAGGGUCAUCUGCCAGCAGGGUCAUCUGCCAGCAGGGUCAUCUGCCAGCAGGGUCAUCUGCCAGCAGGGUCAUCUGCCAGCAGGGUCAUCUGCCAGCAGGGUCAUCUGCCAGCAGGGUCAUCUGCCAGCAGGGUCAUCUGCCAGCAGGGUCAUCUGCCAGCAGGGUCAUCUGCCAGCAGGGUCAUCUGCCAGCAGGGUCAUCUGCCAGCAGGGUCAUCUGCCAGCAGGGUCAUCUGCCAGCAGGGUCAUCUGCCAGCAGGGUCAUCUGCCAGCAGGGUCAUCUGCCAGCAGGGUCAUCUGCCAGCAGGGUCAUCUGCCAGCAGGGUCAUCUGCCAGCAGGGUCAUCUGCCAGCAGGGUCAUCUGCCAGCAGGGUCAUCUGCCAGCAGGGUCAUCUGCCAGCAGGGUCAUCUGCCAGCAGGGUCAUCUGCCAGCAGGGUCAUCUGCCAGCAGGGUCAUCUGCCAGCAGGGUCAUCUGCCAGCAGGGUCAUCUGCCAGCAGGGUCAUCUGCCAGCAGGGUCAUCUGCCAGCAGGGUCAUCUGCCAGCAGGGUCAUCUGCCAGCAGGGUCAUCUGCCAGCAGGGUCAUCUGCCAGCAGGGUCAUCUGCCAGCAGGGUCAUCUGCCAGCAGGGUCAUCUGCCAGCAGGGUCAUCUGCCAGCAGGGUCAUCUGCCAGCAGGGUCAUCUGCCAGCAGGGUCAUCUGCCAGCAGGGUCAUCUGCCAGCAGGGUCAUCUGCCAGCAGGGUCAUCUGCCAGCAGGGUCAUCUGCCAGCAGGGUCAUCUGCCAGCAGGGUCAUCUGCCAGCAGGGUCAUCUGCCAGCAGGGUCAUCUGCCAGCAGGGUCAUCUGCCAGCAGGGUCAUCUGCCAGUAG